GUUCUCCAACCAAUCACAUUGACAAUAAUGGGAGAAUAGCAGUGCAUGAAAGUAUUGAAAGUCACACAUUGAGAAUGAGAGAAAGACUAGUAAGAGUCGCCGGAGGCAUGAUGAAGUCAUUAUCAAGAACAGCUUAUCUGUGUGUAGCGAACGAUGUCAAACAAGGUUCAUCCAGAUGUCUUUCAUCCGUGGCAGAACCAAAGCAAUCAAACUUGAGACAAGUCUUUAGGACAUCCGAGGAUGAUCCUAGAGCACACACGCUGGAUCAUGUUGGAUUGUUUUACAAGAUUCCAGAAACAGAGGUUAACUCUAUGUUCAAAGGAUGUAUUCACCCGUGGCAUUUACGGCUGAUGAACACCUUUAAUGAGCACUGCUUAAUGGUGCGAAAGCCAUCUGUGGAAGUGAAUGGAUAUCUCAAAAACAUGAAUUUCAAUCACCCUGUUCCAAAAUUUGUGUACUAUGGUCGGCGUGGUGCAGGCAAAGUUUGCUCUCUUUUACACACAAUGCAUUUCUGUGCAAGAAAUGACUGGAUUAUGGUGCAUGUGCCUUGGGCCGGUCAGUGGGUGAGAGGAUGGAACAAGGAGGUUGCCGAAUCUACUCACAAGCCUGGCCGUUUUGACUUGCCAAUGGACGCUGCAGAGUGGCUCAGUCACUUUCGCAUUCAGAAUCAAAACAAACUCAAGGAUUUAAAGACCACAUCAGAGUAUAUAUGGACAAAGCGAGAGAAAGCAGAUGUUGGAACUCCACUGGAUGAAAUCAUCAAUUUUGGUCUCAACCGCUUCAAGUUUUCAUCGGAUUGUGUCGGAGUCCUUCUGAAAGAGCUCAGACUGCAAGCUGCUGAAAAGGGGUUUAAAGUGCUUGUGGCCAUCAACUCAGUGAAUUCAUUUUUUGUUCCGUGGUCUAAAGAAAACACCCUGAAAAACUCAGAAAAGAAACAGGUCUUGCCCCAUGAGGUGUCACUUGUGCACAACUUCAAGAAGAUGCUCUCCCCUACAUGGAACAACGGUGCUGUGGUUUGCACGGUGAAUGAAGGAAGCAACGACCAGUCCCUGAGAGAAGAUUACACACCACAGUACCUGCUGGGCCAAGAGGGCUUUGAAUGGUUCGACCCAUUUGUGCCAAUUUUGGUGCCAGAAUAUUCAAGUACAGAAGCUCUCAGCUGUUUGAGUUACUACAUUGACAGGAACUGGAUUCAGAAUGAGCAUGGGCGAACAGAGGAAGGCAUGAAGGAAAUCAUGUUUGUCAGCAACAGAAACCCAUUCAAUCUGUACAAAGUGUGUUCUUCAUUGUGAUAAAUUCAUUGGUCUAAUCAAGUUGCUAGGGAAAAAAAUGUAUGAAUAGGUCAGACAUUGAAUGAUUAUAUUUUUGCCUGUGUUGAAUAGGGUUCCCACUCAACUGAAAAAAAGCCGGGGACAGCCAGGAAUUACAUUUUCAGAUUUCCCGGUUGGGAGGAUACCAUAAAAAUUAAUGAAAACGAAAAUACGGGGAAACAGCCAGGAAAUGAAAGGGCCACCCAUAAUUAUGAAUUUGGUGGAAUAACUCGGCAACGACGAGCCAGCGGAGACCUCUUUCAUGUUCAUCACGCUUUUGUUAACAUAACACUUAUCCUAUAACCCCUGUCAUUGACACUGACACCUUCAGGAAAAGGGACUGUCCUUGGCCAUGUUACGCGUUUUAUCUUGCAUUUCUUUUCAUUUUCUCCUCCUAGCUGUCGUCUUUAAAAAAAAAAAAAAGCAAAUGGUUACAAAAUCCAGGCACAAACCAUGUAAAAAAACCUUUUUUUUUCCUCUGUGAUUAGUGGGAACCUGGUUAAAGUAGGCAAAAUCAUAUAGCCGGACAGAUAAGUUGGGCAUGUAUGUCGUAGGAAUCUAUGCUCUCCAUUUGGUGAGAUUGACAUGAUGACUUUCACUUAUCUUACAAGGCAUAGGCCUUUAUGACUAUCUAUAUGUAAUGACAAGAGUGACUGCUAAGUAUGUGUUUGCCAGUGUUUGGACAUGCAUGGGCAAAUUCCACCAAUGUCUAAAUGUUUGUUAGCUUAGAAGUGUGUAAGUCUGAUCUGUAACUGUUGUUGAGUAUCAUCAUUUGGUUAUAAUGAACCAUAAAUACUGCAAAUAAAGUUACAAUGUUAACUGUUUAUGCAU